AUGAGAAAAAAUGUUCGUAAGCCAUUGACCAACUUCUAUGAUACGGACCAAAGCGAAGGGGAAGGUCACGCUCUCUCAACUUCUUCUUCAUCUACACAUAGUAAUCAUGUAACCAUUGUGCUGGAGGAGAGCUCCGUAUCGUCAAUAUCAAACCAUUCUGGCGAUAUUGUCGAGGAAAACUUCCCGAAGCUCAUCACCGUUGCGACACCUACCCUUCAAAACCUGGAGGAGGCUGUGGUGCAGGCAAAGCGUAGGCUACAGCGCUUUGAUAUAUUAAUUUUGCAGGCAAUUUGGAAAUCUGUCUUACACCAUUCUCAAGGGGAUGGGUCUGCGAAGCGACCAUUCCCCAGUGGGGGGUCAAAGCCGUUCUCAGUGAAGCAGCGUCGUGCUCAGUUGAUGGCAGCGACACAACCAUCCUCCCACACCCACUCUUCUGGGCUGCGUUUGUUUUCUUCCAAGCCAAAUCCAAUGAACAUUAGGAGGCAGGUUUCUAACUCCUUGUCAAGUACUAGGCCUUUCUUGCCGACUAGUCGGUUUCCAGCAACACCACAACUAAACCCUAAAGAACGACUACAAUUUAAUAAUGACUUAUAUGAGUUCAUUGAGGAAACCAAACAUUCUGGAUUGAUAAAGUCUGGUGAGGCACCGAAUUCGAGCCGAAACACAGGUGUCCAAGCUUCUUCCUUGCGUAGUAUCGCGCUCAAAAUUGCAAUGGAAAGGAAUAACACAAAGGUUACAGAGCCCUCCUCAAGUCAAAAAUACACCUCACUAAUGGGCUCGUCAGUUUCGCUCAUAAUACUCGAUCUUGGAAGGAAACGAGCGCUAGCGGUCUUCUUCUUGCGUUAUCUGAGACUACAAGCUUAUCAGCGGCGUAUCCUCCUCGAGGAAUUUCAGUGGCGUUAUACCUACCGCCUCCAAUGGAAUAUGCUUCAGAAAUGGUGCGGUUUGGCAUGCUCCCAGAGAACGCAUAGGCUAACACUCUUAAAACAUGUUGUAGAUCACUGGCAGAAUGUUGUGGCUCGCCAAAAGUCUUUACACAGCCUUAUGCAGCGUUUUCACGCAAGGCUUAUAGAUUCUCUUCGCGACACCAAAAUCUGUAAGGCGACGCAGCGACGGAAAUUUUUUUUAGGUUGGCGCAAUAAAUUCACGAAAUGUCGAGUCAUGCGCGCUAUGAACGACGCAGCAGACUCGUUCAGAUUAUCAAAAGAUGAAGAUCGCACUGGCGGUGGCGGUACGGCCCCUAAAACCCAAUAUUUACCAGUGUUUUACUCGAAGGAUGGCCUCGAAGAAGUGAAAAACCCAUGGUGUUCCGACACAUUAAUCUGUGUGUUGAGACAUUGGAAAAAUAAGAUGGUGCAACGUCUAAAGACUCGUUUGGCGGACUUGCAAUAUGCCCAGUACAUGAAGCGGCACGUUUUCAAAAAGUUCAAACAAAUCGCAAAUCGGAAUCGGACUUCGGUAUCUACCCAGAUGACGCUUCAUCCUCCUCCUUUACUUCCUAUCCCGACGCAAGGCUUUGAGACUGUCGGUGAAUCCCCCUUGAAUAGGGAUAAUCGAACGACUUAUCAGUGUGGCCCAAUCGUAAAUGUAAUGCCCUCACCGCCGGAAGUAUGGCACUACAAAGAAAAAAUGGCAUUACAGGUUGUGCAAACGAUUCAGCUUCGGCGUACUUACCGGCAAUGGUGGCAACAUUAUCAGUGCCGUCGAGGUAGUUUGCACUAUAACCGUAAAAUUCAACUCUCCACGAUGCGUCGGUGGAUGAGCUCGUUGGCUCGUCGUCGUAUUGACCGUCUAACUUGCCAAGCUGUUUUGGAUUGUUGGCGAGAGAAGUUGCAUAAGCGGUCCCUGGAGAGCAUGGCCGCUGAUAUUUAUGUGCGAAGUGCUGUCAGCCGAACGUUUUAUAUCUGGCGGUUAAAUUUCAUGUUUCGCAGCCGCACCAACAGUGUGACGAUGCGUUGGUGUCUACAGCAAUGGUGGGAAAGGGCCGCACUGCGAAUUGGAGAACGUACACUAACUAUCCACCAUCGCGAACGUUUGUUUUAUGGUUGGAAAGCUCGAGCCAGUUUUCGUGGCCGCUGUCGUGCGUUUUUACUGCUCGCCGACAGACUUAGGGAAACUAACUUGCUGGUGCAUUGCAUACGGAUUUGGUCAAAAAAAGUGAAGAACAUGCAAAAAACGCAAGCGAUGUGUGGAAUUAUUGAACGGUUAAAUUUAGAGCAUCGUCGAGAGGUAUGUUUUUUUAAAUGGAAGCGAAGGGUGUUUAAGUCCACGUCUCUCCCACAAGUUGUUAGUUUGACUGAGACUUAG